CCGAAGAACUACUGGUACUGAUCGGUGGUGCCGCCGCCGGUGAUGCCGCCACCGGUGAUGCCGCCGCCGGUGGUGCCACCGCCGCCGGGUAGGGAGAGAGCAACGGCGCCGCCGGUGGUGCCGCCGCCGCCCCCGCCCCAACCGCACAGAUACCGGUAUGUUUCGGUGCCCGCACCGGCGCCGUACCCGGCCUGGCCUCUGCCACCAUUUGCGGUGCCGCUGCCGGCGCCGUAUGCGCCGUGGCCGACGGAGGUGGCGCCGCCGUUCGCGGCUAGCUACCCGGGUCCGCCUGCGCCGCAGCCGGUAAAUCCGCCGCAGCCGGCAGCCGCACCUAUCCACAUUUGUUUUGUGGAGAGCCCUCGGUGGUGGCAGGGGCCGCCCUCGUCGGGUCGGGGGCGCGGCGGGCGCCAUGGCCGCGGGAGCGGCGGGGGUGGGCGCGGCGCUCGCGGUCGCGGGCGCAGUCGCGGCCGCGGCGGCGCCUUUGGAGUUAGGGAGUCCAACCCAUCUACGAUCUUCCGCUCAUUAUUGCUUAACCAACAAGGACAAGCCCCUGACACUCAAAAGAGCUCUAGAAACUUGUUAGGGAUUUGGGGCAGAGUUCAAAGAAAGACUGAUACCUUCCCGAUCUAA